GUAAACGAAGUAUUAUAUCAACAUAAACAAGGUGCGGGGAACGAAAUUUAAAACUGAAAGCGAAAUUUUAUCGUUGUAACUGCCAUUAACCGGUGUCAGCGAAGUACAGUUCCGCCAUUGAUUCCGUCAGCUUCAGUUGAGUGGAAGAAGCAAACACUGGAACAAGAUGGGGUUUAACAAAGCUCUGGUUGUUAAACGGUUCUCAAUAGACAAUUGGAUUGAUUAUGGUCGAGCUAAAUAUUAUUUGGAGAAAAACGAUUAUGAUAUUAAAGCUGCUACCGAACAAUUCAAUAAAGAACUUGUUCAGGAUGAGAAUGCAAAAGACUUGACUUUGUCCAGACACUUGAGAAUAGUCAAGCAUACAUCUAAAGAGUCUGAGGAACACAUUCUUAUGCCUGGGGAGUGCGUUUCUGUUGAAGGUGAUAAUGAAAUAAUCCUUUUAAAAGAAGGAGAUGAAGGGGAUGACAAGGAAAUGAAAAUGGACGCCUUAAUUGGAAAACUUCCAAGACUGGAUGUGGGCAAAGCUAAGUUCUUUUUGGAUAAAUGUAAUUGGAAUUUACAGGUUGCUCAAAACCUUGCUGAAUUAGAUAAUAUGGAGGUUUCUAAUGCAGCUGAGCAGAUGAAAAGAUAUCCCUCUCAGUAUAUUGAUAUUGUUGAUGACCAAGUUGUAUGCAGAUACUAUGAAGAUACUGGACCUGAACCAGAAUCACAACUUGAUCUGUUUUAUGUGUUACGAGAAAGAUAUCAUUUUACAAAUGGUGAAGCAGAAUAUGUUCUGAAGAAAGCAGAUUGGAAUUUUAUCGUUGCUCUUCAUUUAAGUGAUCUCUAUGUUGCCUACAAAACAUAUGGAGUGUAUCAUUAUGAGUUCAGGGAAAAGAUGGAAGAGUUUCUGAACAAUGUUUACAAGAUAUAUCGAGACAGUGAACCACUUAAAGAUAUAGUGGAAAGAAUGGAAGAGGAUUCUACAUUUGACCGAGAUAGGAUUGCUCAGAUAGAAUUCUGUAAGACCUACAAACUUUUCAAAGAAAAAGAAAGAACAUUCAAAGAUGAGGACAUUAAAAAGUCCUUCGAAUUAUCAAUAUACGCUGCAGCUAAAGUUGGUGAAGAGGUUCCAUUACCAAAAGGUCAUAAAAUAUUGCAAGGAGAAGAAAUAACUAAUGAUAUGAAAAUACUGGCAUUCACAUAUUGGACCAGUACUGAUGAGACGACGGCUAAGAGAAUUCUUGAUAAAGUCAAAUGGAAUAUGACAGAUGCAUUUAAAUUGGAUGAAUGCUUAAAAAACACUUGGAAACCUGGUCAUAAAACAAAAUUGCUAAAAUUAGCAAGAGAGUACUUUGGAGAUAUCGAGAAAUAUAGAAGUCUUCAAAAGAUGCUAGAGGACUCUCCAAAGAGUUUUGAAAAAGCUGAAACCGAGAUAUUAGUGGAGCGUUUUAAAGAUCUACCGGAGUAUGAAAAUUUUCUUAAUGAACUGUUCGGUCGUUCAUACAUUCCAAAAGCUGAAGUUUUGAAAACAGCAAAACAAUGUUUUAAAACACACCCCUCGGGUAUGUUUAAGUUUGAAAAAGAACUGAAAUGGUUUCCAGACUGGAUUGAUUUUGCAAAAGCUUUGGAACUAGCAGAAAAUUGCUUUUCAAAGGACUAUGAAGAUUUUUUGAACGAACUUCUCUAUCCUCCAUAUCUCGACACACAAAAAACUAAGAAACUAGCACAAGAAUAUUUUGAAAUGCACAAGGAUUAUAAAGCUUUUGAAAAGAAACUCAAUGAACAACCAGACAAUAUGUCAGCUGAAGACAUCAAGAAAGUUGCAGAGGAAUUCUUCAAAGGCCGUAAGGAUUUUCAAGGACUUUUGAAGGAACUACUUGAUCUUCCAUCUUUUGACAAAGAAAAAGCUAUUAAACUAGCAAGGAAACAUUUUCGAGAUUACACGGAAUAUGAACAUUUUAAGAGGGAAAUCAAGAAACAUCCAUACAGUAUUAAAAGCAUAGAUGCCAGGAAACUUGUGGAGGAAUCCUUCAAAGGCCGUGAGGAUUAUGACAUGUUUUUCAUUCAGCUGUUCAGUCCUCGAGAGGUACAGAAAGAAAGAACUAUGGAUGUGGCAAGAAAAUAUUAUGGAUAUACAAAAGAAUAUAAAAAGUUUGAAAAGGAUGUGAAUGAAUAUUGGAAACAAUUUGGACAAGAAGCGGCAAAGACGCUGGUAGAGAAACACUUUAAAAAGCAUGAGGGUUACAAAAAUCUUUGCACUGAACUGGACAAUAACCAAUAUGUUGACAAAGAAGAAGCUAAGGCUCUAGCAAGAAAACAUUGUGGAUAUACAAAAGAAUAUAAAGAAUUCAAAAAAGAAAUUGAUAACUAUGCCAAAGAUUUUGACGGUGAAGAUGUCAGGAGACUUGCAAGAAAACACUUCGAAGACUCUCAGGGUUGUGGAGAACUUUCAAAGGACCUGUACUGUCAUACACUUCUUGACAAAGAAGAAACUAAGGAUCUAGCAAGAAAACAUUGUGGAUAUACAACACAAUUUGAAGACUUUGUAAAAGAAGCAACGGAAGGUUUUAACCGCAUACAAGCCAAGAGAUAUGCGAAAAAAUACUUUCACGACUUUAAGGCUUACAGACCUCUCUUGACUGAUCUGGACAGUGAAGAUAUUGACAAAGACAGAGCUAAAAAUCUAGCAGAAAGUCAUUUUGGAAAUGACAAGGAAUAUAAAGAUUUUUUGAAGGAAGUGAAUGAUUAUCCAGAAGAUUUUGGACGCAAACACGCCAAGAAACUAGCAGAUGAAUACUUCAAAGGCCAAGAGGGUUACGAAGAUUUCUGCAUUGAACUGGACAAUAGAGAUAUUGACAAGGACAGAGCUAAAAUACUCGCAAAAAGACAUUUUUUUGAUAACCAGCAUUAUAAAGAGUAUCUCCGGGAUGUGGAUGGUCAUCUAGAAGGUUUUGGACUCAUGGAAACCAAGAAACUGGCUGUGAGAUACUUCAAAGGCUGUAAGGGUUAUGGAGUUCUUUUGAGAAACCUGAACAAUCGUACAAGUAUUGACAGAAAAGGAGCUAUAAAUCUAGCAGAAAAAUAUUGUGGAGAUAGCAAUGAAUAUGAAGAUUUUAGAAGGGUAGUCAGUGAAGGUUUUGGACUUGUCGAAGCCAAAAAACUAGCAGAGAAAUACUUCAAAGGCUGUGAGGGUUACGAAAAUCUCUUGAAAGUCCUGGACAGGGGAGAUAUUGACAAAGGAGUUGUUGAAAAUCGAGUAAAAGAACAUUUUGGAAGUAAUGAGAAGUAUGAAGAUUUUAAAAAGGAAAUGGCAGUUUAUCCAGAGAGUUUUGGAGUCGUACAAGCCAGGCACCUGGCAAAAAAAUACUUGGAAGGCCGUGAGGGUUAUGGAGAUCUUAGCCAGGAACUGAGAAUUGGAGUUAUUAGCAGAGAAAGAACUAUAUUUCUUGCAGAACAAUAUUGUGGAUAUACAAGAAAAUAUAGAGAGUUCGAACUGAAAAUUAAUAAGUAUACAAAGGAUAUUAGAAGUGAAGAUGCCAUGAAGCUGGUAGAGAAACACUUUAAAAAGCAUGAGGAAUAUGAAACAUUUUUGAAGGAAUUGUUUUGCCUUCCAAAUAUUGACAAAGAAAGAGCUAAAUUUCUGGCAAAAUUAUAUUUUGGAAGUUACCAGGUGUAUAAAUAUUUUGAAAAGGACGUGAACGAUUAUCCAAAAGCACUUGAUAGCAUAAAAGCCAGGAAACUUGCAGAAGAACACUUUAAAGAUUAUACGGGUUAUAGAGAGUUUUCAGACAAACUUUAUAGUCUUCCAAAAUAUCACAGAGAAGAUAAUGAUGCUAUUGUGAAUGAGUAUUUUGGCAAAACGAAGGAAUAUAGAGACUUUGCAGAGGAGAUACGUAACCUUCCAAACGGUAUUCUCAAAAGAGAAGCUAAGAAUGUAUCAGGAAAAAAUUUUAAAUGCAUGCAGGGCUUAGGAAAUUUUUGGACUGAACUGUGCCGUUUUCCAUAUAUUGAAAGAGAAAGAGCUAAGAAAUUAGCGAAAAAACAUUUUGGAAGUAACAAGUCAUAUGAAAAUUUCAAAAAGGAAAUGGACAGCCAUCCAUACUCUAUAAAAAGGAAAAGAGCCCUGGAGCUGGUAGAGCAACACUUUAAAGAGUAUGAGAAUUACAAACCUCUCUUGAAAGACCUGAACAGUGAAGAUAUUGACAAAGAAAGAGCUAAAUCUCUAGCUGAAAAAUAUUUUGGAAGUAGCACGAGAUAUAUACAUUUCGUGAACAAAGUGAACCGUUAUCCAGAAGAGUUUGGACGAGAACAGGCAAUGAAAUUUGCAGAAGAAUACUUCAAAGGCCCUGAGGAAUAUUACUUCUUGAAGAGCAAAAUUGAAGACUAUCCAGAAAUUAUUCGAAGUAAAGAGGUCAUAAAACUAGCACAAAGUUAUUUUGAAUACAACGAGGAAUACAAACAAUUUGUGAGGGACAUAGAAAAGCUCCCCAGCAUCAUUGAAAGACAAAAAUUUGAAAAAUUAAAUAUCAGUCAGUUGAUUCGCUGUCUUGGCAUUUGGACUGGUUUGGACUAUGGACGGCUAAUAUACGUCUAUAGAUCUGAAGAAAACAAAUUGCUUUGGCCUACAAUGAAAAAACUUGCAGUCAUCAGUUCAAAGCAUAAAGAGUUUAAACUGGAUAACUAUUUCCUGCAAAUAGAUUUAUUAAUCAAGGAAAUUGAGAAUAUCGUUGCUAAUAUUCCACGCUAUGCGACCAAAAAGCAUGAUGUGACUCGACUGAAGGGCAAAAAUAAUGUAACGAAUGACAUAACUGAAGGAACAAAUGAAACAAGAACAGAUGAAUUAGUUGAAAAUAGCUCAGGAGCUCAAUGUAUUCCUGUUGAUUUGGAUCUGAUACUUUAUAAAAACGGUGUCCUCUUCGAUGGUGGAAUGUUUAGAUAUGAUUGGCUGGUUAAUCUUAGAAAAGCCUUGAGAGGAGAGAGACCUUUCAAGCCACAAUAUAUGGAUAAAGAACUGAGAUAUAAUUUUCAAGAUCGCAUGGAUGAUAGAUGCCCUGUUGACAGAAUGCACUUUUAUCUUCGAAAUUUUUACACCAAAAUAUAUGAAGCGGAAGACAAAAGAGAAGCAAAAAAAGUAAAAGCAGCAGCAGUAGCAGCAAAAGCAGCAAAAGCAGCAGAAGAAGCGAAAAUAGAUGAAAUAAUAGCAGCAGCAGUAAAAGCAGCAGCAGAAGAAGCAGCAGCAGAAGCAGGAGCAGCAGCAGAAGAAGCAGCAGCAAAAGCAGCAGCUAGAGCAGCGAAAGCAGCAGAAGAAGCAGCAGAAGCAGCAAAAGAAGCAGCAAAAGAAGCAAAAGAAGCAGAAGAAGCAGUAGAAGAAGCAACAAAGACAGCAAAAGAAGCAGCAAAAGAAGCAGAAACAAAAUCAGCAGCAGAUGCAGUGGAAACAGCAAAAGCUGCAGUAAAAACAGCAACGGAAGCAAUAAAAGAUGCAAUAAAAGAAGAGGCAGAAACAGCAAAAAAAAACUCAAUAAAAUUAGUAGUAGAAGAAGCAGCAGCAGCAGCAGUAGCAGCAAGAGCAGCAGCAGAAGCAGCAGGAAAAGCAGAAGAAGCAGGAGCAAAAGCAGCAGCAGAAAAUACAACAGCAAAAGCAGCAGCAAAAGUAGCAGCAGCAAAAGCAGCAGAAGCAACAAAAGCAGCAGUAGAAGCAGUAGCAAAAUCAGCAGAAGCAACAAAAGUGGCACAAGAUAUACGCUCAGUAGUAGGAGAAAGAGCAGCAUCGAAAGCAGCAGAUAUCAUAGCAAAAAUAGCAGAAGCAGCAGAAGUAGCAGCAGAAGCAGCAGAAGCGGCAGCAAGAACAGCAGAAGCUGUAGUAGCAGCAGAAGCAGCAGCAAAAGCAGCAAAAGCAGCAGCAGAAGCAGCAGCAAAAGCAGCAACAAAAGCAGCAGCAGAAGCAGCAGCAAAAGCAGCAGAAGAAGAAGAGAUGGAAGUCGAUGCUUAAUUGCUGCAAGGUUUUUUUUUUUCUCAAUCCCACUUUUCUUCAAAGUGGAAUAACCUCUUAAAUCUCUUAAUUUUUUUAACAUUGUUUUUCUAUUAUAAUCAACAGAGUUUAUAUCAUAAUGAAUUAUUGAAAGACUAAUCUAUAGGAUUAUUAUACUCUUUCACUCAUUUCAGCCAUGUGGCUUCAGCCAUGCUGGAGCACCACAUUUUAGAAAGUAUCGUGUUGAAUCAAAAGCUUUGCAAUGUUUUAAUAACUUAUUUGCUAUUUUUCAUCAAGUUACAACAAAAUCAGCCUAACAUUCAAAGUAGAGGCUAUCACGCUGCACCAUCUGAAGUCACUUUUCUGCCAAUUCUUUGAUUCCAUGUUGAUACCAGUUCUUGUCUUUCAAGAUAAAGAAUUCCUUCAGUGAAGUUUCUUCCUACUUUUGGUUGAUGAAACAUUGCAACCACCAGGAGCCGUAGAGGGGAACAAGUAAUAAUCCGAGGGAGAUAGUUUUCUGUAACCCUGAGGGAGAUAGCUUAAACACACACUUAUAGCCCUCGUAUUCAACUAAAUAAAUCUUUCACUAACACAUCCUGGGUCUCCGUUAAUUUUUUUUGUGUAUAGCUUAACUAAAGCUAUACUAUAACGAUUAAAAUUCAGCAUAACUUAUUCUCUCGGUAUAUUUCUUUACCUGCUUUCAAGUCCAGUCUACCCCUUCAUUGUUAAUGGUUUGCAAGAUGCAUCACAGAGAUAAUAUCCUUACUCUUUUUUGUGGAUUAUUUUACACAAUAAAGUGAACAUUUUUAGCAGAACAUUCUAUGUUAAUAGAAGAAAGAUAGCAACGCUAAUUUUUAUGUUUUAUUUCUAUUAUAAAUUCAUUUUUAAAGUACCAUUUAUUUCUGAAAUGACAAAAAGAAAAGUUAAAUUCAGAAGUGUAUCAAAAUGAAAAAGACAUGUAUUCCAUUUCAUUAUAGAUAAUUAAGGUGAAAUCUAAUUAGGGUUAAGGCCAGUUCGCCCAACAUUCUCUGAACAACAUAAUUAGAAGGGUCCUUGACAUGACUGGAGCUGAGUCUUAACUGUGGGAAUGAUAAAACACUCCAGCAGAAUAAGCCUCUUUCCAUACAAGGGAGUCAGACAUCUAAUCUGGGACACGACAUGCUGCAACAAGUUCUUCACCUCCAGUCUUUCUGCAUCAGCUGUAAACUCACCUGUAAUGCAGAGGAGAGAAAAGUAAACAAAUAUAAGAGUCUGGCCAGCUGCUAUCAGUCUGUGCUGCUUUGCUGUCAACAUCUUGAGUGU